UUUUUUUUUUUAUAAAAUGGAUCAUUCGAUGAUAUUCUUGUUGAAGUUUCUGCUCUGGGCUCGUUUGCUUCUCGCAGUCGUUUCUUUACCAACCUUGGGUUACGUCGAUCGACAUCGUUUAGAGACUUACGAAGAUUUUUCCGAAGAACGACUUGGCGACUUGGAUUUUUUUAACAACCUGAUCUUUCGAUUCUCUUGCGAGGGAAAACCGAUUGGCCUGUACGCGGAUCUAGAAUACGAUUGCCGAAUUUUCCACGCUUGCGAUGAUUCGGGAAAAGGUUUCCCCGUCGUCUGUCCGAAGGAUACGUUUUUCGAUCAACGGGAACGUGUGUGCAGCGACGAAGGACACGUCGACUGUGAACACGCGAACGAAUGGUUUUACUUAAACGAGUUGCCAUUCUCGGUGGAAGUGACGGAUGAGAAUCACGCGCGAACAGAGGAAAAAGAAGAAGUUCCUUCGGUGUUGCCUCUUCUGUUACAGUGACGAAAUUAGAGAUUAAAACGUUUCGCG